ACGCUGCGUCUGUUUCAUAGAGUGAACUUCUCGCGAGGUGAAAACCCACGCACGACGUCCACCGCAAAAAAAAACCUGCGGAGAAACGUAGAGAAGGAAACGGAUUCCGAAUAUCGGGAAAAAAUCCUUCGACCAGGCCCAACGAAACUAGAGAGCCAUGAAGUUAGCAUUAAUGCUAGCAGUCUUAUGCUGCUUCGCGUUAGGCGCCCUAGCCUCACCACUUCCGGUAUCAUCUGCUAGUAAUUCGGCCGAGGUAAAAGUCGAGACUUCUGGCCGACAAGCAGUGGCUGCACCUGCUGCAGCAGCCCCAUCCGAUGACGACGACGACGAUGAUGACGAGGAUGACGACGAUGGUCUAGAUCUCGGCCUCGACGACGACGACGACGACGAUGACGAUGACGAUGACGACGACGACGACGAUGACGAUGAUGAUGAUGACGACGGCGGGGACUACGUCGAACGUUUCAUCGAAGACAUUCUCGGAGGCGACGACGACGACGACGAUGACGACGACGACGCGACUCCAGCAGCUCAACCCGCCGUUGCAGCCCAGCCGCAAGCCUCUCCGGUGGUAAAUACAGUUCCUCAAAUAACGCAGCCCCAAAUCCCGCCGAAUGUUGAGGCCGAUUUGAAUGCGGCUGUGGCCGAAGCAGAGCUGAACGAUCAGGAGAACGGAGAGUACGUAGAGGACACGCCCGAGGAGCAGGCGGCGAGCACGAUCGUCGAGACGAACGAAGAAGGUGCACAAUCGGCGAUAUUAGCUGGGGAAAGUCUGCAGUCUGCGGCCUCGUCCCCAGUUGCAGUCGUUGCACAGUCCCCGGGGGAGGGGGACAACGACGAUGACGACGAGGACGACGACGACGACGUUGACCUCGGGCUACCCGGGGCAGACGACGACGAAGACGAAGACGAUGACGAUGACGAAGACGAAGACGAUGACGAAGACGAUGACGAUUUAACCAACUUCACCGAAGCCAGGCGAGCACGCGCGAUGUCAUCGACGCCGAAUAAGCACGUGCCGGCUAUUUACAUAGCAAAGUAUAACCGUUUCGUCGACAAUAUAUUGGGUCGAAUAAAUAAAAUUCUUCGGACAAACUACAACCCUGUUACCGUCAAACUGACGAAUCCUAAUGCGAGCGUAAAAGCGAACAAGAAGAAGACAAAGGGAAAAGGCAAAGGUAAAGGAAAGAAAGGGAGCAAAAACUCGGGUCAAAAGAGUGGUGUAAAGUUCACCGAAAAAAGCGCUUCUGCGGCAAUGGUCAAUGCAGAUUUGAAUGAGAAAAACACGACUGCAACCAUCAACAAUGACUUGAUAGACUCAAGUUCGCAGGUCAAGAUCGAAGAUAGCAGGAACGCCGCCGAGGUUGAAGCAACCACAUUGAACAAUAUCGUUCUUAGUACUACACCCAAAAGUCCGGAGUCCAGUCGAGCAACCACUAACUCGAAUAAGAAGAAGAAUAAGCGCAAGUCUUCGACGAAAAAGAACAAGACAAAAGCAAACAACAGUAGGGCAAAAGCGAGGGCAACUUUGUACGGUUUAGCAUCGUUGCAACGAAUCGGCGACGUGUCUGUGAACAUGAAGACUGACCACACGACGGUAAAAACGAAAUUUUCCCUGGGCCCUUUAACCCUGAGAGUAGAAAGGGAAGUUGGAAGAUCUGGUAAAAAAGAACUGAGAAGCGCGACUGCGACAACAGCUGAAAUGUCGGGAAAGUUGAACCUCCGAGUUCUUCACGGCGGAGCUGCUACCCUGCAUUCGAUUCGUGUUCUGCAGCCAAAACAGGUUCGCAUUGAGAGCGCCGAUGACCAUGAUCGUACCCGUGAAUUCGUGUGGAAGAGAUCUUCGCACAUUGCUCAUGUUGUGUCGCAAAAAUUAUCUUCCGCUACGAAAUCUAUGCUACGUCCACCACCAAUAGUCGCGCAAGCGGCUUAACGUCGAAACGGCGAUUACGGAAGUAAUUUGUCGCCCGAUUUAGCUUAGGUCUAGCCAUAACAAUAAAUAUUAUUAUACUUUCCUAGAAAGCGAGAAUUAUUAGACUUUGCCGUAUGGUAAUGAAUCGAUCUAGAUCCUAACUGUUAUAAGGUCAUAGUGUGAGUUGAUGUUAUAUUUAUAGCCUUUGCACUAAGAUAAUUUUCCUCUAUUUAAAUGCAUAUGUAGAGAUGACUUUUUUAUUUUUGCAGAAGGAUAUAGACAUUAAUCAUAGUUAUAAUACUUAUCAUUUCCGCGUGAUACAAUACUGAUCGCAAUAAUGUAAUACUUCUCGUUUUAAAGAAUAUUUUACCGUAUCAUUAUCAUUAUUGCCGUUCAUGCUAUAUUUAUAUCAUAUUAUCAUCGCUGUAUUUAUUAAUUACGCGCUGUCGAUUAUCGUCAUUACUUAUCCUGCCAUAUUUCAAUUAACCAACUUUAAUAACCAAGAAUGUGAUUAUAUUAUAUUCCAACAAAUUUAUAAUACCCUGAAUCGAUCGAUCUUUUAUUGCACAGAGUUGUGCAGGUUCCACGCGUAUUAUGCAGAAUAUUAUGCGGGCAACGAAGGCAGAUAGAACUAAAUUAU